CGCACUCUGACUGAAGGAAGACAGGUCAGAAACCCAAACACACGGCAAUAACUAGAGACCCUUCAUUGUCACCACCAGCAUGGCACUGGCUGAGCUGUACACCCAGUAUAAUAGGGUUUGGAUCCCUGACCCUGAUGAGGUGUGGAAGUCUGCAGAAAUAACCAAAGACUUCAAGAUUGGUGACAACGUGCUUCAGUUACGAUUGGAAGAUGGAACCGACCUGAAAUAUCCAGUAGAUCCUGGAAAACUGAUUCUACCCCCUCUUAGAAAUCCAGAUAUCCUUGUAGGUGAAAAUGACCUGACUGCUCUCAGCUAUUUGCAUGAACCGGCUGUUCUGCACAAUCUCAAAGUUCGGUUCAUGGAGUCAAAACUUAUCUACACCUAUAGCGGAAUUAUUUUGGUUGCAAUCAAUCCAUAUAAGGAGUUACCAAUAUAUGGAGAUGCUAUUAUACAUGCAUAUAGCGGGCAAAAUAUGGGUGAUAUGGAUCCACAUAUCUUUGCUGUUGCUGAAGAAGCCUACAAACAAAUGGCCAGGAACAAUAAAAAUCAGUCUAUCAUUGUGAGUGGGGAAUCUGGGGCAGGAAAGACAGUAUCUGCUCGGUAUGGCAUGAGGUACUUUGCUACAGUCAGUAAAUCAAGCAGCAGAGCAAAUGUGGAAGACAAAGUUCUUGCAUCCAAUCCAAUAACAGAGGCCAUUGGAAAUGCAAAAACAACUCGGAAUGAUAACAGCAGCAGAUUUGGAAAGUAUACAGAAAUCAGUUUUGAUAGAAGAUAUCAAAUUAUUGGCGCAAACCUGAGAACGUACCUUCUGGAGAAAUCGAGGGUAGUGUUUCAAUCAGAAAAUGAGAGAAAUUACCACAUAUUUUACCAGCUUUGUGCAUCUGCCUCACGGCCAGAAUUCAAGCAUCUUCAUUUAAUGAGUGCAGAGGACUUUAACUACACAAGAAUGGGCGGCAACACAAUUAUUGAAGGAGUCAAUGACAGAAAAGAUAUGAUAGAUACCCAAAAAACAUUUGCUUUACUAGGUUUCACUGCUGACUUUCAAAUGGAUGUUUUUAAAGUCCUAGCAGCCAUUCUGCAUUUAGGAAAUGUACAGAUCAACCGAGUCAGUGAUGACAAGUCCUCUGUCAACAAAAGGGACAAACACUUGCAUAUCUUUUGUGAGCUUCUGAGUCUAGACACUGAAAAAAUGGCCAUGUGGUUAUGCAAUCGAAGAAUCAUGACCACUUCUGACACUGUCAUAAAACCAAUGACAAAGCUUCAAGCUAACAAUGCCCGAGAUGCUUUAGCUAAAAAAAUAUACUCAAAUCUUUUUGAUUUUGUUAUUGACAAAAUCAAUAAAGCAUUACAAUUCCCAGGGAAACAGCACACAUUUAUUGGAGUACUUGAUAUUUAUGGAUUUGAAACAUUUGAAAUCAAUAGUUUCGAACAAUUCUGUAUCAAUUAUGCAAAUGAAAAGCUGCAACAACAGUUCAACUUGCAUGUUUUCAAGCUGGAACAAGAAGAAUAUAUGAAAGAAGAUAUUCCAUGGACUCUCAUAGAUUUUUAUGACAAUCAACCAGUCAUUGACCUGAUUGAAGCAAAAAUGGGAAUUUUAGAGCUUCUAGAUGAAGAAUGUUUGUUACCGCAGGGCACCGAUGAAAACUGGUUACAAAAAUUAUACAAUAACUAUGUCAAUAAGAACCCUUUAUUUGAAAAACCCAGAAUGUCUAACAGAUCCUUCAUUAUCCAGCACUUUGCAGAUAAGGUAGAAUACAAAUGUGAUGGAUUUUUGGAGAAAAACAGAGAUACAGUGUAUGACGUAUUGAUUGACCUGCUAAAAACCAGUAAGUUCCAGUUAUGCGCAAAAUUUUUCCAGGAAAAUACUUCAACCACGUCACCGUUUAGUGCAGGAAUAAAAGUGAAAUCUGCAAAGCCUGUGAUUAAGUAUGGAAACAAGGAGUUUCGAAUCACAGUUGGCUGCAAGUUUCGCAACUCAUUAUCUCUGCUCAUGGAGACACUUAAUGCAACUACCCCUCACUAUGUAAGAUGCAUAAAGCCCAAUGAUGAAAAACUGCCAUUUGAGUUUGACCCCAUAAGAGUGGUGCAGCAGUUGCGCGCAUGUGGUGUUCUGGAAACAAUAAGAAUCAGUGCUCAAAGCUACCCUUCCAGGUGGACAUACAUUGAGUUCUAUGGCCGUUACAGCAUCCUUAUGACCCAACAAGAAUUGUCAUUAAAUGAUAAGAAACAUAUUUGCAAAGUUGUGCUCCAGAGGCUGAUCCAGGACUCCAAUCAAUAUCAGUUUGGCAGAACAAAAAUCUUCUUCAGAGCUGGGCAGGUAGCCUACUUGGAAAAACUGAGAUCUGACAAAUUGAGAAAUGCUUGUAUCAUGAUCCAGAAGAACAUGAGAGGUUGGGUCCAAAGAAAUAAGUUUCGCCGUGCUAGGCAGGCUGCUAUUGUAAUACAACAAUACUUCCGUGGACAGCGUGCUGUCAGACAAGCAUUAAGUGGAAAAGCAUUAAAAUAUGCAUGGGCAGCUAUUAUUAUUCAGAAAUAUUGCAGAGGAUUCCUAGUGAGACGGCUUUACCAGCUAAUCUUGGUUGCUACGGUGACUAUACAAUCAUUCACACGUGGUUACUUGGCACGAAAGAGGUAUAGAAAGAUGCGGGAAGAAAACAAGGCUUUGAUUCUACAGAAAUAUGCUCGAGCAUGGCUAGCAAGACGCAGAUUCCAGAACAUCCGUCGCUUUGUGCUAAACAUUCAACUUUCCUACAGAGUGCAACGUCUACAGAAAAAGCUGGAAGAUCAGAACAAAGAGAACCAUGGGCUAGUGGAAAGACUUACCAGCCUAGCCUCAACUCACUCCCAUGAUGUGGAUAAGCUACACAAACUUGAAUCAGAGCUGGAAAAAACAUAUGUGCAGAAAAAAGCUCAAGAGGAAAAAGGGAGGAAGUACAAAGAUGAAGCCGAACAGAAAAUAUUAAAGUUUCAAGCGAAAAAUACUGAACUUCUUGAACAGAAACAGCAACUAGAAAAACAACUUGAAGGCAAAACCCAAGAAAUGAAAGACAAAAUGGACGAACUCACUAACCAACUGUUUGCUGAUGUGAAAAAAGAAGAGAAUCAUAGAAUAAAAAUUGAGAAGAAUUUUGAAAUCCAGAGACAGGAUUAUGAAAAACUGAUAGAAACUUUGAAAGAGGAAAUCCGAGCUUUGAAAGAGAAGAAUAAGCAGCUGUUGCAACAGAUGGGGGAGCAACAAGAUAUCAGCAACCUAUUAAAGAUCGAGGUAGCUCAACUUUCCAGUCAAGCAAAGAAAAUUCCAGAGUUUCAAAAAGAAAUUGAACUACUUGAGACACAAAGGAAAGACACUGAAAAUGAAAUACAGCUACAGAAACAUGAAAUGAGAGAUAAGAUGGCUGACAUGGCAAAGCAACUCCUCGACAGUUUUGAAGUUGAAGAUGUAAAGAACAGGCUUGCCCAAGAAAAUCUUGAAAACCUAAAUGAAGAUGGGGAGCUUUGGUUCGCAUAUGAAGGCUUGAAGAAAGCAACCAGAAUACUGGAAAAUCAUUUCCAGACUCAGAAAGAGAGCUAUGAAAAGGAAAUUGAAGUGCUAAACUUUAAGGUGGAGCACCUUAAUGAUGAUGUUAAACAUCUGCAAAAGUCUUACAAAGAAGAGAAAGACACAAAUGAGACCUUCAGGCAAGAAGUCAUGAGGUUGACCGCUGAGAACAAGAUCAUACCAUCUCUAAAAGAGAAGAUUACUGAACUUGAGAAGCAAAAUAUGGACCUUCAAGGAACACUUUAUGAACAAACCAUGAACAUGCCAGAAAAGGGAGAAAGAAUAUCUAAUCGUAGAUAUCGAGCUGAAGAGGAAAUAAUACCACAAAAAAUGAGAAGGGACCAAAAUGAUUUACAGGAAAACAGAAAAAAAGAAAAAGAAGAAAUGGGAAGCAAAGUACAAGAUGAGAACGUUCAGCUGAAGGCAAUAAGUGACAUGGACAACAAGGAUUUUGAGGAACAGGUGGAUAUGAAAGACAGACUUAUCAAGAAACUUCAAGAUCAGAUCAAAGCUCUUACAAAGUCCAUUGAAAAAGAUACUGAAAUUAAUGUGCCUGCAGUUUUCAAGGAAUAUUUGGGGAUGCUGGAGUUCUCAAAAGAGGAUGAACUAAAACUUAUUAAUAACCUUAUUUUGGAUCUUAAACCACGUGGUGUUGUCGUUAAUAUGAUCCCUGGUUUACCAGCUCACAUCAUGUUCAUGUGUGUGCGAUAUACAGAUUACAUAAAUGAUGCAGACAGAAUAAAGUCGCUCAUGAAUGCAAACAUUAAUGGUAUUAAAGACGUUAUUAAGGAACAUGCAGAUGACUUUGAAAUCUUGUCAUUUUGGCUUUCUAAUGUGCAUCAUUUUCUCAACUGUUUAAAACAGUACAGCGGAGAAGAGGAGUUCAUGAAGUAUAAUGUCCCACUUCAAAAUAAAAAUUGUUUAAAGAAUUUUGAUCUAUCAGAAUACAGACAAAUAAUCAGUGAUUUGGCUAUCCGAAUCUACCACCAAUUCAUCACUGUCAUGGAAAACAACCUGCAACCAAUGAUUGUGCCGGGCAUGCUGGAAUACGAAAGUCUCCAUGGAAUUUCUGUUGCAAAACCUACAGGAUUCCGUAAACGCUCUUCUAGCAUAGAUGACACAGAUGCAUACACUAUAACCUCAAUCCUCCAACAGCUUAGUUACUUUUAUACCACGAUGUGCCAGCACGGCAUGGAUACUGAGCUGCUAAAGCAAACAGUGAAACAACUCUUCUUCCUUGUUUCAACAGUUACACUCAAUAGCCUCUUCCUACGUAAAGACAUGUGCUCUUGUAGAAAAGGAAUGCAGAUAAGAUGUAAUAUUAGCUACCUGGAAGAAUGGCUACAAGGAAAGAAUCUGCAAGGAUCCACAGCCAAAAAAACAUUAGAGCCCCUUUCUCAAGCUGCCUGGUUAUUACAAGUUAAAAAAAUCACAGACGAAGAUGCCAAAGAAAUAUGUGAACGCUGCACGGCCCUUUCACCCAUGCAGAUUGUCAAAAUUCUGAAUUCCUACACACCUAUUGAUGAUUUUGAAAAGCGGGUGACUCCAUCAUUUGUGCGCAAAGUUCAGUCCAUGCUAAGCAACCGAGAAGAUGGCUCACAAUUAAUGCUGGAUAGCAAAUAUCUCUUUCAAGUUACAUUCCCAUACAGCCCAUCUCCACAUGCACUGGAAAAGAUCCAAAUUCCCAGCAGCCUCAAGCUUGGUUUUCUAACUAGAAUCUAGGAUAAAAAAGUAGGCCGCACAUGGCUUAAUCAGUUUGUUAGAUGAAGGACUCUUCAGGAUUUUAUUUUUGGAAAACGAAUUUGUAAAUGAACUUUUGAAAUCUUGGAAUUAUAUAAAACAACUAUAGUAUCCUCUAAUUUCAUUCAAAUUGCUUAUCAAGUGGAUGAGCCCAGCCCACCAGGCAUUCGCCCUGUAUGCCCUAUGGCCAAUACAGGCCUGCUGCCAAGUGUAAAACAAAAGAAGAAUAUGUAGUACCCAGAGAACAAGAGGAAAACUAAACCUAUUUAGGAUGUUUGUGAACAUUCUAAAUAUAAGUUUAUCCUGGGCAGCAAAAAAAGACUUUGCUUUUAAUUUAACAUUAAACUAAAAAAAGAAACUGCUUUAUUUUAAUAGUAAAGUUUAUUUUUUUGAUUAAUUGUUCCUUUAAGAAUGUUUACCACUUAAUACAACACUUGUAGACCCUCCCUAUUCUCAGAGCAUCCAAGGCUGCUCAUAGGCUAAAUAAAGCAGAAUAUAUCUGCAGGCGAGCUGGUGCCUGGUUAGUUUAUCAUUUUAACAUAAAUCUAGUACUACAUUCAUUUAGUUUAAAAAAAGAAAGAAUGGGUUUGAUACUGAGAGUUUUAUUUCUGUUUUUUUAUUUUAUUACUUUAAUGUCUAUAUCAAACAUACACAAAUUCAGCAGUUAAAUAUGUUCAUAGUAAAUAUUAUGUUUAAAUCAAAACUAGCAGGAAAUGUCAUACCCAGGUAUUUAUUGCUGUUUGUUUAAGAGAGACAAAUCUCACAUCUCUUGUGCCGGUGAAAGGAAACCUAAAGAAGCCUGACAAGUACAAGUAGGUUUAAUCAGUCCAGGAAAAUUAUUUGAGAAAACUGCAAUGCAUUUUAAAUACAAUCUAUUAGAUGGAAAAAGGUUAAAAAAAUAGAACAAUGUCCCUUUAAUAUUCAGGAUAGUCACUUAAAUUAUUAAGCUUUUAUAAAAUACACCCAUACAAAAUAUUUGUGAACAUAUAUUUAUAAAUUGUUAGGAAAUAUCUUGAAAAUGUUAAAAAUUAGGUAUGCAUUAAUAAUACACCAAAUAUUGCUAACUUUGUAACUGUGGCCUAGAUUAAGUGGAGCGCUAAAAUGUUAGUGUUAUUGUGCAUUAUACAUCACUCAAGUGCAAUCUUUACUGCUUCCAUUUUUGCUCUCAAGCCUAAUGUUAUUUUUUAGCACUCGAGCAAUAGUAUUGUGUGUGCUAAUAUCUGCAUGUCAGAUAGCAUGGGUACACUAAUCCCCUCUGAUUAAAGACUUCUUUGGAGACAUGCAGUAAAAUUCAUUUCUAAUAAUAUUCUAGUGCUAAGCCAACGGAGCACAAAAAAAUCUGCCCAAGUAGUAGUAGAGUUCAAAAUUUAUUUCUGGGCUAUACUAUUUCUGUGAAACUUAAAAACACUCCGUGCCUACAUACAUAAAUACAUACCUACACAUACAUGCAUACAUAAAUACACAUUCAUACAUACAUGUAUACAUACAUAAAUAAAUACAUACAUGCAUACAUAAAUACAUACAUACAUACAUACAUAAAUACAUACCUACAUACAUACACAUGCAUGCAUACAUAAAUACACAUUCAUACAUACAUGUAUACAUACAUAAAUAAAUACAUACAUGCAUACAUAAAUACAUACAUGCAUACACAUACAUACAUGUAUACAUACAAAAACACAUGCAUAAAUAAAUGCAUACAUACUUACAUACAGAUACAUACAAACAUGCAUGCUUACAUAUACAUACAUACAUGUAUACAUACAUAAAUACAUACAUACAUACAUGUAUGCAUACUUAAAAACAUGCAUACACAUGCAUAAAUACAUACAUGCAUGCAUGCAUACAUACAUGUAUACAUAAAUACAUGCAUACAUACAUAAAUAAAUAAAUACAUACAUAAAUACAUGCAUACAUACAUAAAUAAAUACAUACAUGCAUACAUAAAUACAUGCAUACAUAAAUACAUGCAUACAUACAUAAAUAAAUAAAUACAUACAUGCAUACAUAAAUAAAUACAUACAUACAAAUACACACAUACACACCCUUUUAAACCAUUCCCAACUCUGCCCCUUAUUAUAUACUAUAUCCCUUUAAUUUUGACACAAAACCCUUUUUCAUUAAUAAACCUUUGUUUCUGUAAGUAUUACAUCAAAUUCAAAAUAACACAUUUUUAUGUGUUUUGUUAUGCAAACUAGCAAGAAAUAAUCGUUUACUUUAGGUCUCAAAAAGCACUAAAGUUGUAUUUUGGAUUACGUUCAAGCACAACACUUAUCUCACCACUUGUAAUGCAAGCUAGUAGCAUGAUCUGCACUAUACAUUAAAAGUUUUGGGUGCAGUAAAAAAGUUUUGGCCAAAUUAAGAUGCUUUGGUUACAGUUUUUUAACCUUUUACUUUUUGCCAGAUUAUGAAUUAUUCCUUACACAAGGAUGAGUGAAAAGUAACGCACCUUGCAUUAAAGGGACACUAAACCCUAACAUUUUCUUUCAUUAUUUCAAUAGAGAAUACAAAUUUAAACAACAUUACAAUUUACUUCUAUUAUUUAUUUUGCUUCAUUAUUUAGAUAUUCUUAGUUGAAGAAAAAGCAAUGCACAUGGGUGAGCCAAUCACACAAGGCUUCUAUGUGCAGGAACCAAUCAGCACCUACUGAGCCUAUCUAGAUAUGCUUUUCAGCAAAGAAUAUCAAGAGAAUAAAACAAAUGAGAUAAUAGAAGUAAACUAGAAAGUUGUUUAAAAUUGCAUACUCUUUCUAAAUCAUGAAAGAAAAAAUGUGGGUUUCAUGUCCCUUUAAUUGUGCUCCACUUGUAAUCUGGGCCAUUAAAAUAUGGAGCUCAAAUUAAAGGUUAUUGAUGUUCUUCUCUUUUAGUUAAUAAAUAUGUUAUACUGCA